UCACAUCCCUCCAAAGAAUCUUUGUGAUUGGUUUUACCUUCGAGGGGAGAUAUGGUGACGUGGACAUAGAUUUUCAACCUAAAGGGGAGAAGUUGGCCUGUGUUUCUCCUCAGUUUGUAAUAGAGGCUUCUAGUCUUCUUCAGCCACGAUGAUGAUCUCUGGAGUGCUUCUGCUGGCACUCACUGGUGUUUGCCUGGGUUUUGACGACCGUAUUGUCGGAGGGUACGAGUGCAAAGACCACUCUGUGCCCUGGCAGGUCUCGCUCAACAACGGCUGGCACUUCUGUGGCGGGACGCUGAUCAACAACCUGUGGGUGGUCAGCGCGGCCCACUGCUACAAAGAAGGGAGAGAGAUUGAGGCGAGGUUGGGCGAGCACCACAUCGGGUACAAGGAUGGCCCUGAGCAGUUCAUCGCCUCGGCCGAGGUUGUUAUCCACCCGGACUGGGACCGAUACAACAUGAACAACGACAUCAUGCUAAUCAAGCUAGCCGCGCCGGCGCAGAUCAACCAGUACGUGAGCCCAACGGCCCUGCCCAAGACCUGUGCUCCUGCGGGCACGCAGUGCCUCGUCUCCGGGUGGGGAGCCACCCAGAGUCCCUUCGGCUGUCUGAAGUGCCUACACUGCCUGGAUCUGCCCAUCCUGCCCCAGCAGGACUGUGAGAAGUCCUACCCCAACAGGAUCACCUCCGCCAUGUUCUGCGCCGGCUUCCUGGCGGGAGGGAAGGACUCCUGUCAGGGAGACUCUGGUGGCCCUCUGGUGUGUAACGGGGAGCUCCAGGGAGUGGUGUCCUGGGGGUGGGGCUGUGCUGAGGAGAGCCGCCCCGGUGUCUACGCCAAGGUCUGCGAGUUUACUGACUGGAUCGAGCAAACUAUGAACCUUCACUGAGACCCAGCAGUUACAGAGGGGACAAAUAUGUGCCAUCACUAUUUUAUUUUUCUAUUUGUGUAACUCAAAAACUCAAAAAAUAAAAGAGUAAAGCAACCACAUUUAA